UUUUAGUCUGAAAUAACUUGUUUAUGUUAAGUCUUUCAUUUUCUUAUCACAAUUGUAACCAUUGUAAUAAAAAUAAUUCUUCUAUAUACAGACAUGUCCAAUAAACCUUGUAUUUUUGCUCCUUAGAUUUUCAAUGAACAUAACCAUUUUAUCCUUUCAUAUCUUUUCUGUCUAAUAAGGUUUCUGUUAAAUUGGAAUUUAUUGAAAUGAUAGCUGCACGUAUGAUUGGGCCACAUGGUGUGGUUUAGGUUCCACUGUGCAUAUUAGAGCUUCAAGUGCUAAGUGCUAACCUGGGUCAUGUGUCACUUACCGUGCGAGAUCAGUACAGAUAUCUAACAUAGGUUGGCACAACUCCUAUUUAUUUUUAAAAUAUAUUGGUUAAAAAGAAUAUUAAGUCCUUCUUUAACCCUCUUUUUAUUUAGUCAUGGUGCAGCACACACAUGCUGUGCUGCCAGUGGCCAGCAUGCCCCAGUACUGGGACUUAAAUUCUUGACAUAUAUGAUGAAUAAGGUUUUAAUUGCUGCAUGCUAGUGCCAAGCGGGCCUACCACCUGAGCCGAUAGAAAAGAAGUCAUAGACUCAAGUAUUUUCACAUCUUUAUGAUAUCCCAUCCACCUUUGUGGUGCAUGCUUUGUCUUCAGUCAUAUUCAAGUGCCACAUCUUUUCUUUCCGCUCAUAGUUUACUGUUGUUUCCUGAUCAGAUAUUAUAUUGUUAGGCAUUUUGCCAUUCAUCCUGGCAAGUGCAAUUGGGUCUUUCUGCAUAAACGUUGCUUGUUUAAAGCUCAUACUUAGAUACUCUUGAAUUGUAAUUCAUAUCAUAAUGUAGAAACUUUUGGAGUUUUUGAUGAUUAUUAGCCUUAAGUACUUGUGCAGUAGAUUGAUCCAAUGCUACACUUCUGUCAGUUGUCCAUGACAUUAAUGAGAUGAUUCUCUAAUUGUUAGGAUGGUACUCACAUAUCUUUUAGGUAUAUGCUAUUGACUUUGCUGUUAUUGCCAUCUCAUAGUUAUGUAUGGUAAUAGAUGUUGCAUGUUGCAUUGUUGCUGACAUUUAUUACUUUCCUCAAUAUACAUAUCAACUAAUGUGCAAAACAUGCUCCAUUAUGCCAUCUAUUCUUUUGACAAGAAUAUAUUGCAAACAUACACAAAAAAUCCAUGCAAAUAGUUUAUUCCAAAUUUGCCCCAGGCAUCCAUGAUAAAGAUAUCCGUCAUUACCGUUUGAAUCUUAGAGAGGCAAUUUCUUCCAGAACAAGGUUGAAAAACUUACCUUCCAGACAUAAAACUGUGGGGCCAUUCAGGCAAGCAAGCUACUGCAUUCUCUUUGUCUAUUUUUAUUUUAACUUUUAGUAGAUUGAUAUUGACACUUCAGGAGAUUUAGUUAAAUUUUUUAUAUUAUCAUUCCAUUUUUAGUGGGACUGAAAUAUGUCUUUCCACCUUGGAGGAAGAGAAUGUUAUUGACUUCAUAGCAUGGAUGGUUCACUUCAUUCAAAAGAUACUUGUAUUGAAAAGUCCUAAUAUAGCAAUUGAUCUCCUAGUUGAGCAUGUAGACAACCUUGGAUCAAGAUGUGAUCGUAUUCUUCAAGCAAUUGAUGAUUUUGACCUAACUUUGACGAUGCCAACUAUCAAGUGCCUAGUUUCUGGCCUUGAAGAUCAUGCUCUCAAGCAUGGAAAUGUUGUACAUAAGAAGUGUCAAUCUUGCUUCACGAAUAGAGAUCAUUUAUAUAUUGGAAGUGGACUUGCAAGCAACACUGACAAUAUCAGAGGUGCCGGGCAGACGGUGGAAGCAGCGAUUGUAAUAGCACCUGUUUCUUCACAACCCUGUUGUUGGAGCAUGAACUGUUUGACGUCGCAGGUCAUGUAUUUCCAAGACUUCAUGCCUUGCUCAAUUUCACAGCCAGCUCUCCAUGCCUUGACAAGUAUUGAUUGGCAGAAUUACGGUUUAAGGUUAAGGGGCAAUUUUGUAGAUGGAGAUGACAUUGCAGUGCUUGAAUGGGAGGACAAUCUGUUUGCUCGCAUGGAUAUUGCGCUCCACGUUUACCACAAAAUUGUCACCCUAGUACCUUCACGACAAAGGAUUGCAGCUGACAGAAACCUUGUCAAGAAAGCUGUAAAGAUCGCACUGGAUGACUUAAAGGCCAAGUAUAGUGGUCUUUUUCUAAGUACCCAUGCUCUCAAGAUUCGGAAACACGCUCCUGAGCUUUCAAGAACAAUCGCCAAACUGAUCAUGUCAUCCAACGAUUUGGACUUCCAAAGUGAAUGUGCUACUCUUCUUGGGUUGCACCCAUUUGAUGCGGGCUCAGAAGGGGUGGUUGAAGCCUGCAUCCGGGGAAAGAUUAUUAAGAUUGUAGAGAUGAAUGAUAUAAAGCCAAAGGCAGAAAGGGAUGCUGCACCUUGCCUCUUUAAAUCCGAGUGCCAAUCUGAGGAAGAUUGUGGAGAUGAAGAGAACGAAGGUGCUGAAGAAGAUGUCAGUGUUUUGGAUUUCUAGUGUUCCACCUAAUCUUUCAAUUUGUUGAUUAAUGAUGCAUUAUGUGUCUCAUUGUCAUGUCAUUUUGUAUUAAUGUGAGUAUAACUAGUAGUGACAUUAAUUUCCAGCACCAGGGAAUUGACUU